UGGGGUGAAAAGUUCACAGGCUUAGCGAGGGUUUAAGAAGGGACCGGAGAGAGCAAUCGACGGUGGCCGGAAAAUCUGGUUCAGCAGCGCCACAUUGAAGGCGAUGGCGGAGAUGGUGAGACUUCGGGUGGUGUUCGAGGAUCCAGGCAUGCUGAGCAAGUCAAAGAAGAAGGAAGGAUUGAAUCGUUGUUGGUUUCUGCUUAAACCCCAACACAGCACCAUUUCUGAUGUUGCUUCUCAUCUGCACAACACUUUCCGUCUCCACCGCACCUGUCCCCGCGGCAUCAUCCUAUCUAUGGAUGGUUUUGUUAUACCAUCUUUUGAGUCCACUUGCAUUCUGAAGGACAAGGAUAUCAUCUGCGUGAAAAGAAAAGUAAGCACACGGACUGAUGAUGAACCUGCAAUGCUGCCCCCUGCCCCUGGUGGACGUGAAGCUAUAGAACUUCCAAAUGUCCUUGUUCUUGCAAAUGAGAGUUUUCAAGAAGAGUCUGGAGCAGAAGAAACCAUGUCCCAAGAGGAUGACCAUGACAAACUAGAAGAUGCUGAUUAUGUGGAAUGUAAAUCUGAUGGGACAACCUCCAAGAAACGAAAAGCUCCAAGGAAGCUCAAGAGCCCUAGUCAGAAGAAGAUUAAGUUGUCUACUUCUGAAAACUUGUCAGUCAUUCCUGAGGUCCACGAGGAGGAAAACGAAGGCUCUAUUGAUCACCAAUUGAGUCUUGUCAAGAAGGACAAGAAGAAGUCUUCCAAGUUAUCUAGCGAGCUAAAUAGGCCAAGCAACCUUGAUAAACAGAAGAAUGACAAGAGUGAUUGUCCAAGUGAUGAAACAAGGUUUGUUCAGCCUCAAGAUGAAAGUGGAACUAAAAAGUUGCCUAGCAGAAGUGCUCGGCGGAAGAAAGCUAAAAGAAGAUGGCUGAGGGAACUAAAGCUACAGAAGGAGAAACAGGAAAAGAUCCACCAGACUACAGUACUUGAAAAAGACGCACAAGUAUUACCUAUCAAAGAUAACAGCUUUGUUGCUUCUGAUGUGCAUAAAAAAUCUGAUGAACAUCAACAAUCUGACGAAGAGAGUGAAGAAGAUGAUGAUGAUGACAUUGUUCCUGUGGAGAUUAGACCAGGGCACAUUCGGUUUGAGCCCCUUAAGAAAGAUCAAGAUCAGGCAGUACCGCAGAAUCAGUUUUCAGUGGAAACAUUUCAGUGGAAUGGAAUCACCAACAAGAAGAAGGGCCAGAAAUGGGGUAAAGAGAGAAUGUCAUUCCAUAAACAUGAUGGCUACGAGCAUUCCAGUCAAGAGUAUGCUACAGUUGAAAAUGCUGAAAAGGAACCCACUUUCAAUGUAGUAGAUUUUGAUAAGCUUCAACCUUAUACCGGUUUGCCUAAGGAGGGCGAUGUAAUUGCUUAUCGAUUGGUCGAGCUAUCAGAGUCUUUCACUCCUGAACUUUCCUCCUUUAGGGUUGGAAAAAUAUCUCAGUAUGAUGCUAAAACAAAAAGGAUUUGGCUGGAACUGGUUUUAGAAUAUCCUUUUGACUUUAAGAAAGAAACAGAGAAGGAUGCAUCUUCUUUUGAACAGCCUGAUGCAUCCCCUUAUCAGGAGGAUGGUUCUUUAGAGAUAGAUUAUGCAUCACUUGUUGAUGUUCGAAUGGUUAAGCAUGGCCAUCUUGGAUCGAAAACUGCAGUCGUUUCUGGUAAUGCAUUUGUCAAUCCAACAAAAGCAACUAAUGGUAGCACUGAUGAAAAACUUAAGGGUAAUCAAACUACCCUGGAAAGUUGCCAGACAGAAAAGGAAGUUCUUAACCCUGCUAAAGAAAAUGGGGAAGUAGACGUCUGGGAAGAAAUUAGCAAGGAAUUAGAAGCAAAAAAGGCGAAGCUGUCGCAGGAUGGUGGUUGGAGCAGGGGAGAGAGCUCAAGCACGCGGUCAUGGUCUCAUAGAGCCAUGAGAUGUAGUGCGUUGGGUCCAACAAUGGCAUUUUUAAGGUCCAACAAUGGAAUUUAAAGAAACAAGCUUGUCCCACAAUGUCACUUUUUUGCAGAAUUUUGGUAUAUAUGAACAAAUUACCGAAACCAUCAUCACAAAUGCUGGCUGUAUGUCCUGAUUUCAGUAUAUUAUAGGCAAAAAACGUUUGAAGUUUUAUUCUUAUAA